CGCGGCUGCCGCUGCUGACAACAAGAUGGCGGCGGCGGGGCCGGCGGGCCCCGAGAGCCGGGUGCUGGGCUACACCCUGCACCGCUGGAGCAGCUUCUCUUCCACGUACCUACCCGAGAAUAUCUUGGUGGAUAAACCAAAUGAUCAGUCCUCAAGAUGGUCUUCAGAAAGCAAUUAUCCCCCACAGUAUUUGAUUUUGAAACUUGAAAGACCUGCCAUAGUCCAGAGUAUCACAUUUGGCAAAUACGAAAAAACGCAUGUCUGCAAUUUAAAGAAGUUUAAAGUCUUCGGUGGGAUGAAUGAAGAAAACAUGACAGAUCUCUUAUCCAGUGGCUUAAAGAAUGAUUAUAACAAAGAAACAUUCACCUUGAAGCAUAAAAUUGAUGAACAGAUGUUCCCCUGUCGAUUCAUUAAGAUAGUUCCGCUCUUAUCCUGGGGACCUAGCUUCAAUUUUAGUAUCUGGUAUGUUGAACUUAAUGGCAUUGAUGAUCCAGAUGUGGUCCAGCCGUGCCUCAACUGGUACAGCAAGUACCGUGAACAGGAAGCCAUUCGCCUUUGCCUAAAGCAUUUUCGUCAACACAACUACACCGAGGCUUUUGAGUCGCUGCAGAAGAAAACCAAGAUUGCUCUGGAGCACCCCAUGUUGACAGACCUGCACGACAAACUGGUGUUGAAGGGAGACUUCGAUGCUUGUGAAGAGCUCAUAGAAAAAGCUGUGAAUGAUGGUUUGUUCAAUCAGUACAUCAGUCAACAAGAAUACAAACCUCGCUGGGGGCAGAUCAUCCCCAAAAGCACCAAAGGCGAUGGGGAGGACAGCCGACCGGGGAUGAGGGGAGGCCAUCAGAUGGUUAUAGAUGUUCAGACAGAAACUGUUUAUUUAUUUGGUGGCUGGGAUGGAACUCAGGAUCUGGCUGACUUCUGGGCGUACAGUGUGAAGGAGAACCAGUGGACCUGUAUAUCCAGGGAUACUGAGAAAGAGAGUGGUCCCAGUGCCAGAUCUUGUCACAAGAUGUGCAUCGACAUUCAGCGGCGGCAGAUCUACACGCUGGGACGCUAUCUGGAUUCCUCCGUGAGGAACAGCAAGUCUCUGAAAAGUGAUUUCUAUCGCUACGACAUUGACACAAACACAUGGAUGUUACUGAGUGAAGACACCGCAGCAGAUGGAGGUCCAAAGCUGGUGUUUGAUCAUCAGAUGUGUAUGGAUUCUGAAAAACACAUGAUAUAUACUUUUGGAGGCAGGAUUCUGACCUGCAACGGCAGCGUUGAUGACAGCAGAGCCAGUGAACCUCAGUUCAGUGGCUUGUUUGCUUUUGACUGUCAGUGUCAGACGUGGAAACUUCUAAGAGAGGAUUCCUGUAAUGCUGGACCUGAAGAUAUCCAAUCCCGAAUAGGACACUGUAUGUUGUUCCAUUCUAAAAAUCGCUGCUUGUACGUAUUUGGUGGCCAGAGGUCGAAGACUUAUUUGAAUGACUUCUUCAGUUACGAUGUAGACAACGAUCACGUGGAUAUCAUAUCAGAUGGCACUAAGAAAGAUUCAGGGAUGGUUCCAAUGACAGGUUUCACUCAAAGGGCUACCAUUGAUCCAGAACUGAAUGAAAUCCAUGUCUUGUCAGGGCUCAGUAAAGACAAGGAGAAGCGGGAAGAGAACGUAAGGAAUUCCUUCUGGAUUUAUGACAUCGUGAGGAACAGCUGGUCUUGUGUCUAUAAGAAUGACCAAGCAGCAAAAGAGAAUCCAGGUAAAAGCCUUCAGGAGGAGGAGCCUUGCCCAAGGUUUGCCCAUCAGUUGGUGUACGAUGAGUUGCACAAGGUUCAUUACUUGUUUGGAGGGAAUCCUGGGAAGUCCUGCUCUCCAAAGAUGAGAUUAGAUGAUUUCUGGUCUCUGAAGCUCUGUCGACCUUCAAAGGAAUACCUGCUAAGACACUGCAAAUACCUCAUAAGAAAGCACAGGUUUGAAGAAAAAGCUCAGACUGACCCUCUUAGUGCACUGAAGUACCUGCAGAAUGAUUUGUUUGUAACUGUGGAUCACUCAGACCCCGAGGAGACAAAAGAGUUUCAGCUUCUCGCCUCAGCAUUAUUUAAGUCUGGCUCGGAUUUCACCACUCUUGGAUUUUCAGACGUUGACCACACGUACGCCCAGAGAACUCAGCUGUUUGAUACACUAGUCAACUUCUUCCCAGACAACAUGACCCCUCCUAAAGGCAACCUGGUGGACCUCAUCACGCUGUAACGCAGCAGCAGCUGGACACGAGGAAGAGAGGGGCAAAGCAUCCACUUUCAGUAUUUUAAAUCUUUUGGUUUUUUACUGCAUUGAUUGACUGCUGGGAUGAAGUAACAUAAUAACCCCUUAAGUGUUUGAAAGGGGUUUUAUACUUGUAUGGUGAAUUCCCUGAAGCUUUUCCCUUGGAGUAGGUUAAUAAAAUGUAACUGACGUACUUCUGAGUAAAUACAUAUAUAUAUUUUUUCUGACUCUGGAUUUUGGGUUGGCAAAUGUCAGAUGAAAAGGGAUGGGGACAGAAAAACAAAUAAAACCCAGUCAUGCAGUGAUCUUUUUUUGCCUGCAAGAGAAAAAUUACAAUGUUGUGCAUUGUCUGGAACUCCAGAUGAUGGGUUUUAUUUGGGGGGUUGUGAGAGAGCAAGGGGGAGGUUGUUGGUUGCUCAUUUGUAGCUAGUCAUGAUUUGUUGCUUUAUCCUACAACUCCAUCCUCAGCAGCUGGAUAACAUGGUGGCAGGACACUGGGACACGUUGAGGUAAUAGUAAUAAUAUAUGUGUGUGUGUAUGUGUGUGUGUCAAGCCUCGUGAGGGCAGUGUGUUGUGUGAAGGGGAGCACGGGUUGCAAACUGUCUCUCCCUGUCCCAGAAUCGGGCUGACAGAAGUGUCUAAUUGCAUCUGAUACCUGAUCUGUACCUGAAUACCUACACACCCGUCUUCUCUUCUCUGGAGCCUUCCACUUAAAACCUGGCAGGCAAGUGGCAACCUCAGAGAAGCCACGGGCAAAGGGGAGUGCAGGCAGCACCUGCACAGGCCCCUCUUCAGGGAUCUUUCUCUUUUCCCUGCUGUGCUCUUCUGAUGAGAAAACCCACACAGGUCCUCACAGAGCCUGGCAGAACUGGGUCUUCCACCACACACACCCCCAACCUCUGUAACCUGACUCUGGGCUUGGGUGUAGGAUUUCUGAAGCAGAUUGUCUCUGUUUCUGUGCACCUAUGCUUCUGUGUGCGUUUGUCAGUGUGUAAAUGUCAAGAGGAUUGCUCCCAACAGCUUGUCUCCUUCCUGUGUGCUGCAGCUCACUCUGAAAUGCAUUUUAGACCUAGAUCUGAAUGUGAGGGAGGCCUUUUUAGCAUAAAUCUCUUUGAAAGCAAGCUGAUGCAUAUGUAUAGAAAAUAUAUUCUUCCUCCUGAAAGCCUUCUUUAUAAAUGAGGUGGGGGUUUGGUGCCCCACUGUGAAGUGGGAUGAAGGAGACGUUAGAAACUUGUUGUGUUUGGUGUCAGUGAGCGCUCAGUCCAAACUGGCAGGUGUAAAUAUUUGUAUGAGACUGCAAAGCUUUAUGUCCAGAAAUGUUGAUGCCAGGAGACUGUUGUUGCACCCACUGUGGCCCCUGUUGAACUCGAUGGAAGUCUUGUGUGUGCAAAGAUGAUUUGGACUCUUGAAAUAAAAGAGUUAGUGAAGUGUG